GUGAGGAGCUCUGAACUGUUGGGUGAAGCAGGCUCUGGUGGGGUGACCCCAUGGGGUGCAGACCCCCAUUUACAGCUGAGUGUGACUCCAGGCUGACUGCAAAGCUUCCUGAGGAGCAACCAGAGCUUCUGGCCUCUGAGAGGAGCUUAGUCCAACCUUUGUGGGUGAUCCAGGCUCCAGGUGAAGAGAUUUCCCUGGUGGCUUUUGAGUGAUGAAUCCACAGCCCCACUGCUGAGGGUGUAAUUUUAAAAUGCUCUUUUAUCCCAUUCUUUUUAGUCAUUAAUUCAAAAGUCAAGGUGAGUUGUUACAUUUUCUGAGUGCUGGCAAACUCAGGUGAGGUGGGAGAAUGCUCAGGGAAGAGGGGGAUUCCAGGUGCAGAAAACUUGCCUUGUGUUUAUGAACGAGAUUGGAAUCAAUACUUUACUUAGAGCUGUGCAGCAACAGUCAAACCUACAAUUAAAUCUGCAGAGUGGUGAGACAUGAGGUGAAAGGAGUUGAGUUGAUGUUUUGAAGGCUUUCUCAAGUGCUUCAGGCUGCCAUUUGCAUUGGGAGAUGCAUGUGGAUGGUUUAAAUCUGCCUGGCAGAGCUGUGCAGGCUAUUUCAGUCAUCAGUCUGAAAAUAAGCAUUUGGAGGUUUUUAAUACUCGUGUGGGAGCUGAGUAACAAGGAGGGGACCUGCAGGAGAUGCUGAUCCUGAGCUCUCCAUCCUCACUUGGGGCAGGAUGAGCCUGUGAACCCCCGGAAUAGACCCCAGACCUGUUAUUGAGCCCCUGAUCAAUACUUCCCACUGCACUGUGCACCUUAAAAAAGGGGAUUUUCUAGCUAUUAAGGCAAAAAAUUAGGCCUGGCUCCCGAGUAUACUCAGUCCCCAGGUGUUUCACAGCCUUUUUUUCCUUCUUGCUAAUUUUAAAUGUUCUUAAUGUUGCCAGUGAAAUCCUUCAUUUACCUUAAUUAGACUUGCCUUACAUUUAAUUGGAUUAUUAGCAUUAAUUCUGACUGCAAUUGAUAAAGCUGCAGUUCACGUUUGGGGGAAAUUCAGGCGAAAGGUGUGUUAAUUGUAGCUUCCCUUGCCUGCAAACAGCACGUAGAUUGGAGCGUUCUCCUGGAAACUGUAUUUUCCUGCUCUUUAGGGGAGUAGGGGGGUGGGGAUACAAAACCCAGUAGCCUUUGGAGUAACAACCCUGAGUAAGGGUUAUAGUAAAUGCUAACCCUUAGUAGGGGUUACUGAGUAAUAAAUGAGUUAGUCAGAGCAGGGCAGUGGGGUUGGGAAAAGUCAAAGCUGCUUUAUGAAUCUGAUCUUUUUUGCUCCCUCUCUCUCAACAAAGGACAGAUCUUGAAGCCUGCUCAGCCAUGGGAGAGAAGCAAGGAAUUCUGUGUGAAUGAGAAUCCAUGAAGACAUAUCCAUAAGCAAAAAUCCCCAUGGAUGGAUCUGCAGAUUGUCAGGUGCUGUUCCUGUUGAGGGAUUUCCACCUGGGAAUGUUCCAGGCCAGGCUGCAUAAACUUGGAGGAACCUGGUUUAGUGGAAGGUGGAACUGGAUGUUUUUAAGGUCCCUUCCAACCCAAACCAUCCUGGGAUUCCAGGCUCCAAAAGGGAGCUCCCAGAAGGAUGUGGAAGCAGGGAGCCCAACUCCUGUGGCUCCAAUGCUGCUGAAAUUCCUCAAGGAGGAGAAGAAACGGGUGCUGGAUUCCUCCUUCAUGUCUAACUGUGCAUUUUGGGUGUUAACGCACCAAGUAAAUUGGGAAUUGCCUACGGUGGAGCGGUGGCUGUGCAGGUAUGUGCAGGGAGCCAGGGAAUUCUGUACGGAUGUCUGUGCCCUCUCCUGGGGAAUACCUGAAUCACAGGGCUGCUGGAGCCACCUCCCGGCUGGGCAUAGAGAAGAUGGCCAACAGAAUCCACAGGGAUAAGUGCUGGAAUGUGAUCGGCAUGGAGGGAAACUCCCAAGCUCAAAGGCUUCACUGCGGUCUGGCAGCGACUCCCAGCUCAAAGUAGCCCCACUCAGUAGCUGCGUUUCUGACCUUGAGGACUGUUAGUAAAUCCUUAAUCCCUGCAAAAUCAUUUAUUUGGCACUGUUUAACUCCAAACUUUUAAAUCAGGAUGCUUAGCAGCCUUAAAUCCAAAAGCUCAUUAGCUCUCCUCAGCUGCCUUAAUAACUAUAAUCUCUUUAAUGGAAGCAACUCCGGACAGGAUUUACCUUCCCAAAAAACCUUAUUGACUGGGAUUAAGUACACUUCUGCCUUCUAAUUCUUCCCCGGUGAAGGAAGAGCUGAUAAAGAGUUGCUUUGCUGGAGCCCAGGCCGGGUCAGCCUCUGGCUCAGGACAGCUGCUCGUGCCAGGAGCUCCUAGAGAUCUUUGCCUUUAUCCUUUACCAUGAAAGCAGCACAUGGGCGACAGACCCCCGAAAAUGAGCCUGAUGGACAUCAACAAAAUGUUCUCCAUGCUCCAGCCCAGGGAUGACGAGCAGGAGGACGACGGGGAGAGCGAGGAGCUGAGCCGGGCAGUGUCUGAGGACGACUGUGAAACGCUGCAUCGCCUCCUGUCCCAGGACAGGUACAAGAGGCUCAUCAACCGCCGGAGCGGCUGGGGGGUCCCCAGCACCCCCCUGCGCCUGGCGGCCGCGCGGGGCUGCGUGCGGAGCCUGCGGGUGCUGCUGGCCCACGGGGCCGAGGUGGACGGCCUGGACGUGAAGGCCCAGACCCCGCUGUUCGUGGCUGUCAGCAAUGGCCACCGCGAGUGCGUGGAGGCCCUGCUGGAUGCCGGGGCCAGUCCCGCAGGCAGCAUCUACAACAACUGCUCCCCGCUGCUCCUCGCGGCCAGGGACGGCAACGAGGACAUCCUGCGGCAGCUCCUGGAGCACGGAGCAGAGCCCAACGUCCAGGCCAGGCUGCCCCAGUGGGCGGCCAACUCAGUGUCCUGUUCUGGACCCCUGUACCUGGCGGCCACCUACAGGCACCUGGAGUGCUUCAGACUGCUGCUCCUCCACGGGGCCGACCCUGACUACAACUGCACGGAUCAGGGGGUGAUCGCCCAGAUCAAGGAGCCCAAGACCCUGCUGGAGACGUGCCUGAGGCACGGCUGCCAUAGCAAGUUCAUCAAGCUGCUCAUUGACUUUGGAGCCAACGUGUACCUGCCCAACAUGCCCGUGGAUGGGCCGGCACCACACAGCGAGGGGCUGGAGCUGCUGCUGCAGGCCAGAGCUCAUCCCAAGUCCCUGCUCUCCCAGUCCCGACUGGCCAUGAGGCGAAUCCUGAAGCAGCCUGUCCACCUGUCCACCCUCAGAGAGCUGGAAAUCCCCACAGUCCUGGCCAACUAUCUGCAGCACCAGCCGUGACACACAGCCCGCCUCCAAGCACAGCCACUCUGACAUCUGGGAGUGAAGCUCUGAAAUCCGUGGAACCAACAGGAAUUUGUGUCACAAAGUCAUUCCCGUCUCCAAAAUUGGUGCCUGUGUGAAAGGUUGGGGAGGGAAGGGGCAGAGGAAACAGGACACCUCAGCUCCUGGUCUGCAUCAGAGUGAUGGUGGAGCAGGAUCUGAUUCCGUGGAUCUGCCUCUAAACCUCCUUACCGAGGGAUUUUUCACCUUGAGUUGAUGUUGGUUGGAGAAGGGGUUGGGAAAAAGUGUGGAAGGCAGAGGGAGAGGAGCAAAGGCUGCUUUUCCCUCAUCCCCUCCUGGAGGACACAACCAGGUCUGUGCCUGCAGGUUCCCCCAUAAUGUGGUACCUGCUGUCCCUGAACCCCCUUUCCCACAGUGGGGAGGCCCUGGCACAGGUUGCCCAGAGAAGCUGUGGCUGCCCCAUCCCUGGAAGUGUCCAAGGCCAGGUUGGACGGGGCUUGGAGCAACCUGGGCUAGUGGGAGGUGUCCCUGCCCAUGGCAGGGGGUGGAAUGAGAUGAGCUUUAAGGUCCCUUCCAACCCAAUUCAUUCCCUGAUUCUGUGAUUCCCAGAGGGGUUUCCAAGUGUACCCUCUGUUCAGCAGGGGCAGAAGUGGGGCUGGACUCAGCCAUGUGUGCCCACCCUGGCUGGGAGGGGUAUCCAGAGUCCCAAAACCCUGACUUAUCUCUGACCUCAAACAUCACCUUCCUCACCCCAAAAGUGGUUCUUGUUGUAGCUGAGGGUCUUCUGUGACUGGGUUUUAAUUAAAAAUGUUGCUACUGUUGCUAUUAAA